AUGAAAAUUAUAUCUCUAUGUAAUGAAGAUGGAGUACUAAUUGUCCCACCUCCUCUUAUUGAAAAUGUGGAAGAAAGCUUGUUUUUUGAUCACGAUAAUGAAUUAGCUACCAAGAAGCUUCAGCAAACACUGGAUGCAUUGCAUAUUUGUAAUCCUAUGGCAAUUGAAGAUUUGUUAAACCUUGAGAAGAAAAAUAUAGAGAUACAUCAACAAUUUAAUGAUAAUGACUUUAUUCAAGCUGCUACAGAAAUAGACUAUAUAGAAAAUAAAGUCAUUAUACAACUCUUAACCAGAAAGGAACAGUUGGAUAUUCUGCGCAAUGCUCUGCAAAUUGUUGAUGAAAGAAUUAAUGAUGAUGGAGUUACAAUGAAGUCUUUGCGCAAGCUUCAAUCCUGUAUUCGUGAGGAGGUCCGAAAGGAAGAGGCCAAAAAACAG